AUGUCUGAAACCGACGGCAAGGCCAAGGCAGUGGCUGGCAAGGCAGGUUGGACUGAUCACGAAGUCCUCGUAUACCUCUUCAGCGCCAUGGACACUGCCGACUGGACAAUUGAUUACAACACUGCGCCUAUUCCUGAGGGUCGCAACGUCAGUGGCUGCCGUCAGAAGAUCAACAGGAUCAAGGUCGCCCUAAAGCCCGAGAUCGACGCCCUCAAGGCCGGUGUGGCCUUUGAUGGUCCCGACUCUACUGCUGUGACUACGACUCCAGCCAAGAAGCCUGCGACCCCUCGUAAACGCAAGGCCAAGACUGAUGAGAACGACACCGAUAACGAGGUUACCCCCAAGACCACCCCCAAGAAGUCCCGCGGUAGAUCCAAGAAGCAGUCAGCGACCCCAAAAGACGAUGAAAUUGACAACACUACCGUCAAGGUCGACCCUGAGGACAACUCUGAGGACAACUUUGAGGACAACUUUGAGGACAACUUUGAGGACAACUUUGAGGACAACUUUGAGGACAACUUUGAGGACAACUUUGAGGACAACUUUGAGGAUGAAAUCUAA